GUUCCCGCCAAAACAAUGGGCAGUUUUGCCUUUCAUUUCACUCAGUACUUAGCCACUAUGAAGCGAGGGGCUGAGGCGAUGGACGGAGGCGACUCAACAGCGCGGGAAAGCCGCAAGGGCAGUCAAGGCUGGAAGCUGUCACAUCACAAGCGUAUGCGGCAUGGCGAUCGAGAUCACUCUCGCAAUGGCAAUAGCAACAAGGACAGGGGAAACAGUGACAAUUCUGAUGUGAAGGGCCCCAUGGUGAAGACUUUGGCGGACGAAAAGGAGACAGACCCGCAUCGAUUGGCGCAGCGCCAGAAGCAAAUCGACUACGGUAAAAAUACGAUCGGCUACGACCGCUACUGCGCCCAAGUGCCGAGACACCAGCGACGGCCGGGCAAACACCCGAUGACCCCCGACAAGACCAAGUGCAUCGGCAAGAAGGUUUUCGAUGGGAUGGUGCGCAAGUGGCGCCAGGCACUGCACAAGUACGACCCACCUGAGCUGGUAGAGGCUAUCGCGACAGUUAAGACUGGAAGUGCUGAAGUAACAGCGUUAUCUUCCGGUAUUGACGCAACGAAUAAGAAGAUAGAGGAAGGAGCGGUGACGACCACUAGUUCGGUUUGUAAUGCAACAUCAGCAGAGCUGGAAAUGAAAGAGGUGGCGGUGACUCCUCCCAGUCGCUCCAUCUAUGAGAAUUUCGAUGAGGACAAUUUUGACGAAGACACCGAAUCGGACGACGACCUGCUGUAGAUCAAUAGCGAUGGUUGCUGCCGUCCGGAUAACUAAAGUCGAGUGCAAGCAGUCUGUUCAUAGUAAGAUGAUUCAAUUGCUAAGUUUGCGUUAUCCGCGAGUCGCCAGAAACUGCCGUCGCAAUGCCAGCGUCUCGAGAAACAGGUCGAUUUCUAAACUAUCAACGUUGCGGGCCACUCGAGCAACCAGUCGAACCUCCGUCUGUCCACCCUGCCCAAAAUCCACACAAUAAUAUCAGCACAAUAGUUUCAGCUACGUUAAGACACUUUGAUACCUGAUUGCUUGUGUAGGUCUCCCCCAGGAACUGGUACAUGGA